GGGGGGGUCGUCAUCGCGCUGGCUGCCUCUCCGCUCCGCGCUAAGCGUCGCCAGCUCCGCAGAGCGUCCUGCUCCUUUAAACGCCGCCUGAGCGCCUUCUAAUCCCCGCCGAAGGGGGGAAGGUCAGCGCGGACAGGGAGCGGAGCGCCCGCCGCCUUGGGGUGGGGCGAGCGCAGGUUGGCGCGCUGGCUAAAGGUCGCCCUGGGCUGCUCCCUUUCCAGAUCCGCUUUCGGAAACUUUCACGCGCAGGGCGGAUGUUCAGCUGGGCGGCGGCGGCGGCAACAGCUCUUCUCCAGGCAAGCGCUGCCCAACUUGCGCACCGGAGCACUUUGCGCGUGGGCUCCCCCGCCGCACCCGACAUCUAGGCAGUCCGCGUGGACUUGCCCCCGCCCACCUUCCUCCUAUUAAUUCCCAUUAUUGAAUUCCACCGGAUCCGCUCCGGUCUCAGUCCCGGAUCGAGCGCCUAGUUUUCGGCCGAGAGUAGCUGGUGCUCGGCGCUGCGCAGGUCCAGCGGCGUCGCCCUUUCGACUUGAACCUCGCGGGCAGGAUCAUGCGGGCGCGCCCCUGCUGGACGCUGCGCGCGGGGCUGCUGCUGCUGCUGGCCGCGCCGGAGGCGGAGGGCGGCUGCGCGGCGCUGGGGCGCUGCUGCGCGGGCCGGAGCAUGGCGUGCGUGAGCACCGGCUGGAGGGCGGACGGGUCCCACGGGCCCUGCUACUGCGACCAGGCGUGCCCUUACACCUUGGACUGCUGCCAGGACUACCGGCAGGUGUGCCCAGUGGUCUCCUGCGUGGUCUCUGAGUGGAGCGAAUGGAGCAGCUGUGCGGAGACUUGCAAGGCAGCGUACCGUGUGAGGAGGAGGCACAUCAUCCGGGAGCCGAGAAAUGGCGGCGAAGCCUGCCCUCCUCUCGAGGACAAGGCUGGCUGUUUUGAGUAUUGGACUCGGCAAGGAACAGAGUGCAAGCAGCCCUUCAUCCCAGCAUUAAUAACCACUGGAGGCUAUGGGAAAGCGAGGAGAAAGCGAGCUGUGUCCAUUGAGAAUGAAAGAGCCGGGUACUGUGUCGAAUUUCAGCUCAUGGCCAUCACAGAAGGAUGUCUGCGUGGGAACAGCUCUUACACUCAUUGGAUGAAAUAUCUCAGCGAAGGACACCUGGUGUGUGUUGAGUGCCAGCACCCAGCUUUGGAUUCCAGGAACCUGCACUGCUCAGGGGAUGGCAGCGGAGCCAAAAAGAAUCAGCUACUGCACUGGCAGGCCGUAGGAAACCCAAGAUGCAGAGGGACCUGGAAGCGAGUUCGCCAGCUGCACACUUGCUCCUGCCCUUCUGUCCACAGCUUCUUGUUCAUCUGACUUUCAAGUAGUUGUCCCUCUGCCUUGAGUCUGCAUCUCCUCCUUGGUUCUCCUGAAUUCAGCUGUGAAACAGCCACAGUUGCGAUGCCAACAGAUAUUAUAGAAUCAUAGAGUUGGAAUAGACCACAAGGGCCAUCAAGUCCAACCCCCUGCCAAGCAGGAAACACCAUC